CCGAAAUCUGAGAAUCCCUUUUCUCUUUCUCUCUGAGUAAUUUCAUCAAACACCUGGUGCGCACUAGCAAUGUCGCUGCGGCCGAACUCGCGUACGGAGUCGCGGAAGAAGUCCUACAAGUCGGGAGUGGACGCCGACGACGCGCGGCGGAGGAGGGAGGACAACUUGGUCGAGAUCAGGAAGAACAAGCGCGAGGACAGUUUGCUCAAGAAGCGGAGGGAGGGCUUGUCUAACUCCCAAUUGCUCGAUGGGUCUGCUAAUCCUGUGGUCGUAGAGAAAAGGUUGGAAAGUAUACCUGCUAUGGUGCAAGGAAUAUGGUCUAAUGAUCCCGCUUUGCAAUUGGAGGCAACUACUCAGUUUAGGAAGCUGUUGUCGAUUGAACGUAGCCCUCCGAUUGAUGAGGUCAUAAAGGCUGGUGCUGUCCCUCGAUUUGUGGAGUUCCUUGGAAGGCAGGAUAUGCCGCAACUACAAUUUGAAGCUGCAUGGGCUUUGACCAAUGUUGCAUCUGGAACAUCUGAGCAUACUCGUGUUGUUAUCGAACACGGUGCAGUUCCCCUGUUUGUGCAGCUUCUAAGCUCUGGCAGUGAUGAUGUCAGAGAGCAGGCAGUAUGGGCUCUAGGUAAUGUAGCUGGUGACUCACCAAGUUGCAGGGAUCUUGUUCUUUCACAGGGUGCACUAAUGCCACUUUUAUCCCAGCUAAAUGAAAAGUCAAAGUUAUCUAUGCUGAGGAAUGCUACAUGGACUUUAUCUAAUUUCUGUCGUGGCAAGCCGCCCACACCGUUUGAGCAGGUGAAGGCUGCCUUACCAGUACUUCAACAACUCAUUUACUUGAAUGAUGAAGAAGUGUUGACAGAUGCUUGCUGGGCCCUAUCAUAUCUCUCAGAUGGCCCAAAUGACAAAAUUCAGGCCGUGAUUGAAGCAGGCGUCUGCCAACGACUUGUGGAGCUUCUGCUGCAUCCAUCAGCUACAGUUCUCAUACCUGCACUCCGGACGGUAGGAAAUAUUGUUACGGGCGAUGACUCCCAGACUCAGUUUGUUAUUGAAAACGGGGUGCUUCCUUGCCUGUAUCAACUUCUCAAUCAAAAUCACAAAAAGAGCAUCAAGAAAGAAGCUUGUUGGACAAUUUCAAAUAUUACAGCUGGGAAUAAAGCUCAAAUACAGGCUGUGAUUGAUGCCCAAAUCAUAAACCCACUAGUACAACUUCUUCAACAUGCAGAAUUCGACAUUAAAAAGGAAGCUGCAUGGGCCAUCUCAAAUGCAACUUCUGGAGGAUCUCAUGAACAGAUUCAAUUCCUGGUGACUCAAGGUUGUAUUAAACCGCUCUGUGAUCUGCUAAUCUGCCCAGAUCCAAGGAUAGUAACAGUGUGCCUUGAAGGUCUGGAGAACAUUCUGAAGGUGGGAGAGGCUGACAAAGAAAUGGGAGCCAAUAACGGGAUCAAUCUUUUUGCUCAAAUGAUCGAUGAAUUUGAUGGAUUGGAGAAGAUUGAGAAUCUGCAGACGCAUGAUAACAAUGAGAUUUAUGAGAAGGCUGUGAAGAUCUUGGAGAGAUAUUGGGCUGAGGAAGAAGACGAAGAGCAGAACCUCCAGCAGAACGGUGAUGGAAAUGCUUUUACUUUUGGGGGAAACCAGCCUGCUGCUCCCCCUGGUGGCUUCAAAUUUGGAUAGAUAGCGGUUUAGGAAUCUGUUUUCUGGCAGCAAAGGUUUCAUUACCUUAUUCCAAUGAAUUUUAAACCUCAUUUUGAUUCCUCUUACUGCCAAGGGCCAGGGUUUUUGGUUUGGCAGAGAAGCUUUUCUAUGGAAUUUGAUAGAAGAGCUAAAGCUGCAACCG